AUGGAGCACAUACUUGUCUACCGCAAAAUAAACCCCGCCGAAUAUAUGUUUGAAGCAAUUGGAGUCGCGCUAGGCUCGCAUAGCGAUGUUGACUGGUUCCGGACCUGGAGGGCAUCCUCUGAAUAUCAAGAAGUGCAUAGAGAGUUGGAACAGAUGAAAGUCGAAAGGUUACAACUAGCUUUACCUACCAUCGCCAAGACCGACUAUCGCAGCACCUUUCCCAGUGCAAUUUUGGGAAACACAGAAACGCGUCUUUUAGGCAAUACGAGCAAAUAUAAAGCACUCAUACUUUCCAGUAUUUUCGUUGAAUUGCCUUGGGCUACGAUAGCCUCGGCUGUGCUUUUCUUCUGCUGGUAUUAUCCCAUCGGGUAUUACCGGAAUGCGGAAUACAUGGAUUCUAUCUCAUCACGCAGUGGACUUCAGUUCUUCCUUGUCUGGGAAUUUAUCAUGUUUAGCUCAACUUUUGCGCACAUGGUCACUGCCGGUAUCGCAAUAGCCGAGACGGCAGGCAACGUUACGAACUUUUUCUUCUCUUUAUGCUUCCUCUUCUGUGGCGUGAUGACCCGACCAAAAGCCAUGCCUGGAUUUUGGAUUUUCAUGUUCCAAGUCAAUCCUUUCACCUAUAUUGUUGGGGCUUUUCUUGGGAAUGGUGUUGGUAAUGGACCAGUGGUCUACGUCGAGAACGAAUAUUUGUCUUCUGACGCACCACCUGGCUCGACAUGUGGAGAGUACCUUUCACAGUAUCUCGAUACUGCCAGUGGCUAUCUGAUUGAUUCAAAUGCUGUGGCUAGUCAGUUGUGUCCGAUUGACAACACAGAUACAUUGCUUAUGACCGUCAGCAUCUCAUUCUCGGAUCUAUGGGACAAUUUUGGCCUUACCUUGGUCUAUAUCGGCUCCAACAUUGUGGCAGCUGUUUUCUUCUAUUGGUUGGCGAGAGUGCUUAAAGGGAAGAGAUUUAUCCGGAAUGGGGAGGAACGCCAGAGUGGUGACGCUGUUGAUAUAAAAUGGGAAGAAGAUUGCCAUAAAGAUGCUAGAAAUGGCUUGAACAUGGAAGGCUGA